UUAAUUAUCCUGAUUUAUCAAAAAACGAAUUGAAACAUCUUGCUAAUAUUUUUGAUGAAAAUAACAAAAAGAGAAAAAGAAGACAGUGUGAUCUCGAACUGAAAAAAGUUUAUUCUAAUCUCCUUAUUUUAAGCGAGUAUGAAAAAAUUAAACAAUCCAAGAUUUAUCAUAGG